AUGGCCGCUGAGACAACGCGCCGGGCGUCACUCAAUAGCCACUUUUCCAAGGCCAGGAUAUCGAGUCGACCGGAUCUCAUUGGGAGCAAGAUUGAUCGGCUCUGCGGACGUAUCAAUGACUUCGCGAGCACUGGCCGGAGCCUGCCGCUGGGUGACACCAUAAGCGCUUUCCAGCGCGAUGUUUCCAACUAUUUCGUCCUUGGAAAAGAUUUUGGGGACUUGAAAAAGGAUGACUUUGGCUCUUUCAUGAUUGCCUCCGCCCGAGGCAUUGAACCCAUGUGGCACCGUAGCAAGCACAUGCCGUGGUACGGCCGCUUCAUGCACUCGAUUUUCAAGGACUUCCUCAUCAAAAACGCGGAUCCGAUCACAGCUGCUUAUAUGAGCUACGCCAGGGCAAGUCCGGCCGAUUAUGUCUAG